AGAACAUUCUAGUUACAAGUAGGCCUACUUGUGGGCAAAAUUUCAGGUCGAAAUAUCGUGAUUAGUGUUUUUGGUAGAUACCAUGCAAUAGGCUAAAACUCCAGUAUAAUGACUGUAACUCUGGAGGGAAGGCCCAUCAGCACAUAGCCUUUUGGGGUUUUUUAUACCUCACCGGGGUCUAUCUAACACACAUGCUCCGAACUUGAAAGCGGCUUGACAGUACAAACCGUUCCAUUGUAAGUGAACGUUCACGUAGCUGAUUACAUGCUGUUUCUGACGUUUGAGUGAUAGCAGAACCCCAGUUGAAACUCUCUCAGGACUCCUGUCACGAGAUCCCGCAGGGAGUUAGAUGGAACUUUUAAGGGACUCCGCAUAAGUUCCGCGGGACUUUGAACACUCUCUAGUCCCACAGGAGUCCUGCGGAGUCCCUUAAAAGUUAUAUCUAACUCUCUACAGGAUCUCGUGUCAAGACUUUUGGGGGAGUUUUGCCAGAAAUUUCAACUAGGAAAAGCGGGCAAAAAUAAGACGCUCUUAGUUAUAUUUUCCUAGGUAUCAAUCGAUUAAGGCGCAUAGCUCAUAUUAUUAUCACCUAAUGAUCGGUUCUCGUUUUGUUUCUUAGUUAUGUACGAAUGGUUUGAACGUGGCGAUCGUUUAAAGAAGAGCGCAAACCAACAACGUCAACCAUCACCGUCUGCCCUUCAACGUGAUAAACAUUUUCGCUUAGAAAUAAGUAAAGAUACGUUUGAAUACACAAAAAGUCAAAUACCACAUUUAGGAUCAAUCUCAUUUGAACAAUUUUGUGAAUUACUUGCACCAAUCAUCACUGGUCAAUUUAAUGAGUAUUCAUUACGGCAAACAUUUGAAAAAUUAGAUUCUGAUCGAGACGGCUACUUAAAUCAACAAGAAAUUGAACGUUUAUUAGUAGUUGUCGGACGAUCAGAGUCAAAGUACAAAAUACAAGACAUAAUGAAUAGAAUAUCGAGAACUGGAAAAUUAAGUUAUCAAGAAGGUGUACAGUUACAUAUGCAUACAUGCAGCACAGCUACUCAAGACUGGAGAAUAAUGCAAGUUAUCAACAAUAAAAUUCGAGAUGAUAUUGUUAAAAAAUAUGCACAAUAUACAAAACGAGUGAACGGAGAAAUGAUUAAAGGUAAAUGA